AACUUACCAUUAAAGAUGGUAACAAUAAAUUCGUAGUCUGUACUUUUCAGUCUGGCGGUGUCAGAGGACUCAAAACCUUUAUCGAAGAUCAAAUUGAUACCCCCAAAUUUGAUCUCUAUAAAAAUAGCGUACACCCAAAAAAUCUUAUGAAUACAAACGACUCACUUGGUCAUUAUUUUGAUAUUGAAAAAGAUAAUAAUAAAACGGUUAUUGUGCACCCCACAACCCCCAAAACUCCCUCUACUAAGUAG